GUGAUCGUUGUUGUUUUGGAUAACGCAAUGUUUUGCAAUUAAAUUAUUUGAAUUUCGCUAUGAAAACUGUGUUAAAACAAAUUUAGUGCAGUUCUUCAAAUCAUUUAUUGUUUAUCGGCAAUACUAAAACUUUACUACGAUGUUAGAGGACGACGAAAACUUGCAUCGUUUAGAAGGUACGUCGGGUGACGCUCCUGGCGGUUUAAUCAUCAAAAAGAAGGAGAACCCUGGUGAAUUUCAGUUUGCAAAGCCCUCGUUACUGGGCUUAGAUAAGCUAGCAGCUGCUAAAAGAAAGCAGAACCGUCUCAUAUCGUUUCAAAAUGAUGAUGAAGAGGCCGAGGGCGAAAGUGCCUCCACCAGUUCUAAAGAGCGUAAAUACAGGAGGCACAAUGAAGAAACUCCAACAUAUACUGGUGGUAUAUCAGAACAAGCAAGGGAACGCAUGUUGGAGCGAUUGCAGAGACGAGAAAAGGAAACAAAAGAGAAAGGUGUUCACAAUUCGACGUCAGAAGAAAAGAAAUCGCGUUCCAAGGAUGAAGAAGACGACCGUUACUAUCGUAGCAGAUAUGACAAAGAUAGAAAACGUGACUAUGACAGAAAAGACAAGGACAGGUAUAGGGAUAGUGAUAGGAGGGAUCGAGACAGGAAUAGAAGAAGAGACUCAGAAAGACGAGAUGACAGAGACAAAGAUAGGAAAGAUAGGAGUGAAAGAGACAGCUCUAGAAGAAGCUACUAUGAACCCAGAUUCAAAGAUGAACCAAGAACUCCGAGUAUGAAAGUCUUGAAACCUACAGACAAAACAGCCUGGGAUGACGAUGAUGAUGACCCUAGGGGUACAGUGCGUAAAUCUAGCUGGGACUUCCCGACUCCUCUGCCUAAAGAUGCGGGAACUUCUGAACGCUCUCAGAGAAGUGACAGAGGUGGACGUCCAAUGAGAGAUUAUAAAGGACGACCGUAUGAGAAUACUCCUAGAGCUACUCCGCAUAAGUUUGCAAGUUCAAGACGUGGGGCCGACGUUGACGACCCAGAGUGGGAAGAAGCUGAAAAGAAAUUAGACAGAGCCUGGUACAAUAUGGGAGAAGGAGAAACCGACGAGUCAGACCCAUUUGCCGGGACAUCAGCAGAGUACAUCGCACGCAAAGAAGAACAGAUAGUGAAGCGACAGAACCGCAAAGUGUCCGCCCAGAGACAACAGAUAGACAAGGACAACGAACUGUGGGAGCGGAACAGAAUGCUGACCAGCGGUGUUGUUCAUGCUAUCAACGUUAACAAUGAUUUGGAUGAGGAAAGCGUAGACCGGGUACAUCUCCUAGUCCACAACAUUGUUCCUCCUUUCCUCGACGGCAGAAUCGUCUUCACCAAACAACCGGAACCUGUUAUACCUGUAAAAGACCCGACGUCAGACAUGGCAAUAAACGCUCGGAAAGGCUCUGCGCUGGUCAAAGCGUUCAGAGAGCAGAAGGAGCGCAGGAAAGCGCAGAAGAAACACUGGAAGCUAGAGGGAACCAAGAUCGGAAACAUCAUGGGCAUACAGAAGGAAAAAGAAGAAUUAGAAGAUGGGCCCACUAAAGAGGCUUAUAAGUACGCUGAGCACUUGGAUAAAGAGGCCCAAGAACCGGAGUCCAAGUCAGACUUCGUGAAGAAGAAGUCGAUAGGAGAACAGCGGCGGUACCUGCCCGUGUUCGCGGUCAGGGAGGAGCUGAUGCAGGUUAUCAGAGAGAACAGCGUUGUUAUCAUUGUUGGUGAAACCGGCAGCGGCAAAACGACCCAGCUGACCCAAUACCUGCACGAGGAAGGCUACAGUCGUCUCGGCAUGAUCGGGUGCACGCAGCCGCGGCGCGUGGCCGCCAUGUCGGUGGCCAAGCGAGUGUCGGACGAGAUGAACACUAGGCUAGGCGACGAAGUGGGCUACGCGAUCCGCUUCGAAGACUGCACGUCCCCCUCUACCGUGAUCAAGUACAUGACUGACGGUAUCCUGCUUCGAGAAGGUCUGCGCGAGCCCGACCUCGACCAUUACUGCGCCAUCAUUAUGGACGAGGCGCACGAACGCUCGCUGUCUACGGAUAUGCUGUUCGGAUUGCUCAGAGAGGUGGUGGCUCGCCGCUCGGACUUGAAGCUAAUCGUGACGUCAGCAACCAUGGACUCCACCAAAUUCUCCACGUUCUUCGGCAACGUGCCCACCUUCACCAUCCCCGGACGCACGUUCCCGGUCGAAACAUUCUUCGCUAAGAAUGUCUGUGAGGACUACGUCGAUGGCGCUGUUAAACAGGCUCUUCAGAUCCACCUGCAACCUGAUGACGGCGACAUUUUGAUCUUCAUGCCAGGACAGGAAGAUAUUGAAGUUACUUGCGAGGUGCUAACGGAGAGGCUAGGUGACCUCGACAGCGCGCCCCCGCUCACAGUUCUACCGAUCUACUCGCAACUCCCAGCUGACUUACAAGCGAAGAUCUUCCAGCGCGCGCCGCCCGGACAGAGGAAGUGUAUCGUGGCUACUAAUAUUGCAGAAACCUCGCUGACGGUAGAUGGAAUUAUGUACGUCAUAGACUCAGGAUACUGCAAGCUGAAAGUGUACAAUCCCAGGAUUGGUAUGGAUGCUCUGCAGAUCUAUCCAGUGAGCCAAGCUAACGCCCGGCAACGCGCCGGUCGCGCGGGGCGCACAGGCCCCGGCAAGGCGUUCUGCCUAUACACGCAGCGCCAGUACCAGCACGAGCUGCUUGCGUCCACGGUGCCCGAGAUACAACGCACCAACCUGGCCAACACCGUGCUGCUGCUCAAGUCACUCGGCGUCGAAGAUCUACUCGCCUUCCACUUUAUGGAUCCACCUCCGCAGGACACGAUCCUGAACUCGAUGUACCAGCUAUGGAUCCUGGGCGCGCUGGACGGCACGGGCGCGCUGACGGCACUAGGCCGCCAGAUGGCGGAGUUCCCCCUCGACCCACCGCAAUGCCAUAUGCUCAUCGUGUCCGCAGAGAUGGGCUGCAGCGCUGAGGUGUUGAUCAUUGUGUCAAUGCUGUCAGUACCAUCAGUGUUCUACCGGCCUCAGGGUCGCGAAGAGGAAGCAGAUUCAGUGAAAGAGAAGUUCCAAGUGCCCGAGUCUGACCACCUCACGUUACUUCACUUGUACAAUCAGUGGAAGUCUAACAACUACUCAAGCUCGUGGUGCACGGAGCACUUCGUGCAUGGCAAGGCGAUGCGCAAGGUGCGCGAAGUGCGCCAACAACUGAAGGACAUCUUACAACAACAACGCCUGCCGUUAGUGUCUUGCGGCACUGAUUGGGACACUGUGCGGAAGUGUAUCUGUUCAGCCUACUUCCAACAAGCAGCGCGCCUUAAAGGCAUAGGCGAAUACGUGAACUGCCGCACUGGCAUGCCGUGCCACUUACACCCGACGUCAGCCUUGUUCGGGCUGGGCAACUCGCCGGACUACGUGGUCUACCACGAGCUCAUGAUGACCACCAAGGAGUACAUGCAUUGUGUCACCGCCGUCGACGGCCGCUGGCUGGCGGAACUCGGGCCUAUGUUCUUCUCCGUCAAGGAGACCAACAAAUCAAACCGCGACAAACGCAAGGAAGCAGCAGUACACCUCCAAAGAAUGGAAGAAGAGAUGAAAGCCGCAGAACAGAAGAUGGUAGAAGAUAAGAAGAUCAGGGACCAAGAUGUGCCGGUCAAACAGGAGAUAGCCACGCCGGGGCUCAAUACUCCUAGACGCACGCCGCACAGGCUAGGGCUGUAGAUGCAAGGAAAGUAAUGGUAUUUAAAGCUAAAUAAAUAGCGUGGUUACUCAGUUCAUCUUGUUACUUCAGGACCCCGAUACUGACCCCGCCGGCGUGGUCGACGAUUUCCCUCAUUCAGCGCUUAUCGCUAUCGACCCACUAGGGUCGAUUAAUUCUUUCAAAUAUUUUUCCUCUCAGACGACGCCCUGAGCCGAGGUUCGCGCCCAACUGGGCACCCUCAGGCUGUUGUCUUAAACGUUGUACCGGGUGAGAGCCUUCAGCGCUCCCCAUUUGUCCGGCCAAGUAGUUAAUGCCAUCUGCGGCAAAUCUACAAUAAAUCACGUCAAUAAAAAAAAAUCAGUUCAUCUUGCGAUGGAUGUACCUUGGGGAUAUACUGGUGGGCUCAGUGGCGGCCCUAGGGUGGUGAGAGGUGUGCCACCGCACCGGGCGCCGAAAUGGGGGGGGG